CAUUUUUUUUGUUGUCUUUUCUCUCUUUUUCCCAUAUGAGGAACUGUAAAAGUUUGAUGCCAUUGAAGCCUGUGACUUUCUUUGGAUCUAUCCCAUUUUAGCUACAGAAAAAAGAAGAGGUCUUGCUACAGGUUUUCCUCUUUUGUCCUAGUUCGAGUUUCUUGUGUCACCCCAUUUUAGAUUAUCUUUUCAAAAACUCAGUUGGAGGGUUUUGAAACUAAGCUAAGUGCUUAUGGCAGAUUGGUGUGGUGUCAUGGGCAAGGGAAGUGGUAGAGUUGGUGGCUAUGGUACUAGGAGAUCAAUGAGAGAUGAAGAUUUUGAAGAAGAAGAAGUUUGGUCAGUCAUGAAGGAGAUUGGAGAUUCAAGUUCUAACUCCAAGUACCCCUCUUCAGGUUCUUCUUCUUCUUCUUCUUCUUCUGCAUGGCAUAUCCCUACUGCUGCUCCAAGAACGAUUCCAUCAACAAAGCCAACUCCAACAAACCAUGGAGGCAAAGUAGUUCAACAACAGUCAUCAGCUCCUGUGAACAUCCCUGAUUGGUCAAAAAUUUACGGGAAAAACUCAAGGAAUAUGGGCUCAUGGGCUGAUCAUAACGGUAUUGCAUAUGAUGAUGGAGAUUAUCAUGUCAAUGAUGAUGAGGGUGGUGAUGAUGACAUAGUGCCUCCACAUGAGUGGUUAGCUAGGAAGCUUGCAAGGAGUCAAAUCUCUUCCUUCUCUGUGUGUGAAGGGAUUGGAAGGACACUCAAAGGGAGAGAUCUCAGUAAAGUAAGGAACGCUAUUUUGACAAAAACUGGCUUUCUAGAAUAGUGAAAAAGUUCUUCAACCACUAUUCAAAACCAAGCUUUACUGUCGUCUCCUCCUCCUCCUAAUUAAUUAAUCAUCAUUAUUAUCUAUUCCUUCACCACCAUCACAUCAUCAUCAUCAUCAAUUUUGUCAUUUUGUAAAAGGGGUCCCAUCUCCAUGUAGUGGUACUCUUUGGUUGUUGCUUGUAUUAAUUAUCAAAUCCAAAUCCAAUAUGGUGGUAUGUUAUGUCCUAUAUAUGGAGGUAUUUGAAAGUAGAAGCCACGGAGGUAGUAGAAAGUAGAUGUCUGAGCGGAGGGGAAAGUGAAAGUAAAAAAAAACAAGGGGGGGGGGGGGGGGGGGGGGGGUGUGGUAGCAGCCUCUGAGAUUUUGUCUGGUAGCUGGACAGAAUUUUGUGUUUUGAGUGAUGUAGUGAGGUUGUAAGAGGAUAGUAUAUGAACAAGAGUUUAAUCUUCCAUAUCUCUUUGCUUUCGGCUUCUAAUGCAUUAUAUUACUAUAGCCUUUUGUUUC